AUGUUUGUUAAUGUCAAUGCAGUGGCUGGAUCACCAAAUAUGGAAGACAACAAAUGUACAGGAACAUUGAUCAGUGUGUCAUCUGUGCAGGACCACGAGGUGAAGUACACACCGAGCAAAUGGAGCAAGAGGUUCGGGCACGAGGAGAUAUUGGCGCACUAUUACAAAUUCGCCAUGGCAGUUACGGAGAAGGCUCGUAAAGUCGUAAAACAUAAACUGGAUGUUCCAUAUGGGAGCACAGAUCGAACUAAGUACGAUGUCUACGGAACCAAUUUACCCAAAGACGCUCCAAUAUUCAUAUACAUCCAUGGUGGAUAUUGGCAAGAAGGUAGUAGAGAUGUGGCUACAUUCGCGGUGCCAGUGCUCGUGGGUAAAGGAAUUAGAGUGAUAACCAUUGGUUAUGACUUGUGUCCUCAAGUCAGACUCGGAGAUAUAAUAUCAGAGAUAAAGAUGGCCGUCGAAGAAAUUUUAAAAUUGGCUUCUGAUAACGGAAGCAGGUGCGUUUGGGUCGCCGGUCACAGUGCCGGUGCACAUUUGGCGAUGAGCCUUUUAUUCGACGAACCUUGGCUGAAUAAAAUGAUGACGCGAGAAUACAUGAACUUGUUGAAAGGUCUGGUCCUAAUAGGGGGUAUUUAUAACCUAAACCCUUUACUUGGUACCACUAUUAACGAUGCCUUGAAGCUUACGAAGGAUGAAAUUAAAGCAUAUAGUUUCAUCGAUCUGGACACCACGAAGCGCAAACCCAUUCAAGGACUGAAGGUUAUCGUGACUGACGGAGAAUGUGAUACACCGGAGUUCAUUAAUGAAUCACGCAAAUGCGCUCAGAAACUUGUCACCAUAGUGGAUGACGUUCAGUAUCUUCUGCUUCGCGAGAACGUUGAUCACUUCGACAUCGUGGAAAAACUCACGGAGCCAGAGUUCCUUCUAACGAAAACCAUAUUGGCUCACAUGUCUUCUAACUAACGCCGCAGGA